AUGAGAGCAGGACGCUGGGAGUGGAACCAUGAAGCCAACACUGUGGACUUUAUCAGGUUGGCUGAAGUUUACCGAGUGAACCGAAGGUGCUGGAGCAAAAUUAAAACUGUGGAUCCCGCUCUUCUGAAAGCGUACAGAUCUGCUGUGAUAGAAAACCAGGGGGAGCACGUGACACUUGAAGAUGUUAAACAAGUGGCAGUGAAAUUGCUGCUUGAGAACGACUCCCUGCCCAUACCUCACUGCUUCCUGGACAUAUUAAAGAGUAAACAACUUGAUGAAAUCCUGAUUGCUGUUCUUCAUUACCUCUGCUGUUUCUUUGAAUAUAAUUCCCUGGAAAACAAGCCAAAGACGCUGAUAGUUUUGGACAUGGUGACGGAGCAGCAGAUGAAGAAGAGGAGCUCUGCCAAAAGAGAGCUGGCCCUGAAGAGACUGGCAGUUUUGUACAGUUUCUUCUGCUUCGUGUCCUGGGUGACUUUUGGGAGGACGGAGCUGAAGCUGAUCCAGGAGGAAAUUGGUCGUAUUUUGUACUCGGACAACUUCAGCGCCGCAGUCAAAACCAAACAGGAAGUGCACUCACGGAGGACUUCUGCUGUUUCCACUGGCUCAGAGAAGACCCGCUCCUCGCUGCACAGUGUGGCGAACAGUCGAUCUCCUCUGAUGGCGUCCCUGCUGCCGUCGCCGCGGGAACAGUCUCCUCACCUGUUCGUGGGACCUAAAGCCGCACCGGAACCUCUGCUCCUGACUCCGCCCACAGACCCAGAGGACCUGACGGAGGAGCUGUGCCAAAUGAGCAUUGGGAUCCUGGGCCAGCCUCUGCAGCAGUUUGAUCCUGUGACUCUGGUUCAUGAAAACCAGAGCACACACACAGAGGCAGACCAAGCUCCAGUCAGCAGGGAUCAGGCUGAACAGUGA